CUCCCUCUCUGCAUGUUAAAAGCGUUUCUAGAGAGAGAACGCGAAAGAGGUUGUUUCAGUUGGUUUUGGGAUUUUCUCUCUCUCUCCCUCGUUGCCCGAAUUCCCGGACGGAGGAGACCCGCCGCCGAUCCGGACUCGAUGAGCGGCAGCUGGUUCCUCGAUUGCUCCGGUUAGAUUGAUUUCCCCCCGUAUUCUCUCUUUUUGUUUCGGCCUCUUUAUUCUUCGAUUGGAGGAGCGGGAAGGAGUAGUUAGCAAAUGGAGUUCGUUGGGAGGCAUGUGAGGAAGGGCUCCGGCAUGUUCACCGGAAUCGUGAAAUCCUACGACUCCUCCUCCGGUUCAUUCGAGAUCGUCUACGAGGACGGCGAUUCCGAGGAGCUCGAUUUCCCGGAGCUGGCGGCGCUGGUGGACCAGAAGGUGGGACCUGGUCAGUUGGUGGUUGACCACCGGUCUCGUAUUGGGCGCAAACCGAAGAAGCGCCGCCGAGUUGUUGAUCUUGAACCGGGAGGCUGUGCCGUCUCUAAUGGCGGGGAGAGCGCAGGUGGAAGCUUCGUUUCUAUUGGAGGUAACGGUAGUUGUUUAGAUAUGAAUAGCAAUGUUGAUUUGCGGGAUAACGUGAAUGGUGCGGUUCUGGGAGGGAUUGAGCUGGGAAAUGGUAGUUCAGGUAGAGUUGAAGUUGAUUUGAAUGAAACCCUAGGGGAGAAGUGUGGUGGGGAGGAGAAUUCCGGGAUCAUUGUGGGGUGUGAAAAUGGGAGGUUGCAUGCGAACUCUAAUGUUAAACCGGAGCUUGAUCUGAAUGCUGCUUUUAGCUUGAAUUUAAAUGAGGAAGCUUUCGACUUGAAUGAAGAUGACCAUGCAAACCCAAAUUUAGAGACAGGCUUGAAGGAUAGAGGUUGCAUUGACUUAAAUGUAGAUGCUAAUGGGGAGUUGGACGAGAACCCGAAGGAAAUGAGUUCUGUUGGAGGCGAUGGGGUAGAAACCCUGAGAAAGGAGUGUCCGUUUGAUUUGAAUAUGGGUUUAGACGAGGAGAUAAAGGAGGAUCAGGAUCUAUACUCUCUGGGCCAACCCAAGGGAGAUUCUCCUUUUGAUAUAGUGAAAGAAGAAACUCAAAACACUCUAGAGACUAGCAGAAUGGUUGAGGUAAAUGGGGUUGUCCUUGCUCUUCCCAACUUUGUGGCAGUGAAAAAUCAUCACAGCUCUAAUAAUUUGUGUGCUGUGUCAGCUGCAAGUGUCUGGAAAGCAAACACUGUUUCUGGUGACACUUCCAUAAAAUACGAUUCUUUGCUGGCAAGGGUGGACUCCAAUGCUGUAAGUGAAGGGAACCAAGUUUGUGCGGGAACUGUGCAGAAAGAAGGACCGAGAAGAAGAGGGAGAAGGAGAAAGGUUGCAGGCAUUACAAAUCUUGCUCUAGCAACAGUCUCUGCUAAUAGUAAUGGUCUUAAGGAGGAUAGAGGGGUUAUAAUUGAUGAGAACCAGCCCAAUGUAGGCAGUGCAUAUAAAGAUUCGAGUACAAGCCGUAGGAAGAGAAGGAAACAUUCAGAUGAUCCCGUCCAAGAAACAGUGGUCUUAAGAAGGAGUGCACGAAAGGGAUCAGCUAAAAAUUAUUCUGUAACCACCGUAGCAUCAAAAGAGGCCCUUGAAUCAGCGCCCGCUGAAGUCAGUGCACUAAAUGAUGAGACACCUAGGAAAUUGUAUCAUCAACCGGAAGAAGAACAUGUAGUUCUUCCUGCAAAAGUGCAACUACCACCUUCUUCAAAAAACAUAGAUCUGGGUGGAAUUCACACACUCGACGUCUUCUCAAUAUAUGCAUGUUUAAGAUCAUUUAGUACGUUACUGUUUAUAAGCCCCUUCAAGCUGGAGGAUUUUGUGGAGGCACUGACAAGCAACUUGCCCAGUGUGUUGUUUGAUUGCAUUCAUUUUUCGAUUUUACAAAUUCUUAGGACGCAUUUGGAACAUCUUUCAGAUGAGGGUUCUGAAUCUGCUUCUGACUGCCUCAGGAGCCUUGACUGGGAUCUUUUGGACUUGAUCACCUGGCCCUUGUUUAUGGUUGAGUACUUUUUAGUUCACAGUUCAGGAGCGAAACCUGGACUAAAUCCUAGUGAGUUGAAGCUAUUCAAAUGCGACUACUAUCGACAACCAGUGUCGGUAAAGGUUGGCAUGCUCAGACGUCUGUGUGACGAUAUGAUUGAGACAGAGGCCAUUCGGUCAGAGCUAAACAGAAGGACUUCAGGUGCCGAACUUGACCUCGAAUUAGACCGAAACGAUAACCUUGGAUCUUCGAGGAAAAGAAAGGGUGUUGUGGAUGUUGUUGUUGGUUCUAGCUUGACUGAGGAGGCUGUUGAUGAUACAAUGGAUCGGAACAUUGAUGAAUGUUGUCUUUGUAAGAUGGAUGGAAACUUAAUAUGCUGUGAUGGUUGCCCUGCAGCAUAUCAUUCAAAGUGCGUGGGAGUUGCUAAUGAUUCCUUGCCAGAGGGAGAUUGGUACUGUCCUGAGUGUGCAAUAGACGGUCAUAAAUCAUCCAAGAAACAUCGAAAGGCAGUUCGUGGAGCAGAACUGCUGGGAGUUGAUCCUCAUGGUCGACUAUAUUUUAGCAGCUGUGGUUACCUAUUGGUGUCAGAUUCAAGUGAUGCUGGUGACUUGUUUAGUUAUUACCACAGAGAUGAUCUACAUGUUGUUAUUCAUGCGCUAAAAUCUUCAGGUAGGUCUUAUGGUACCAUUGUGAAGGCAAUCUUUAAGAAUUUGGAUGUCCCUGUUGGUAGCUUGGGUACUGUACAUCAGUUGAGCAAAUUCAUUCCUUCACUUGCUCUGGCAUCCUCUGAGACGGGUGCAGUUCAUGAUAAUGUUAAUGAAAGGAAAUCAGAAGGUACUGCGUCUUCUGGACAGCUUGAUGCUUCAAAAUCUGUUAGCCCGACAUAUAUGAGUUCUGAAGGAUCAGCUGUCACCACUCAAAUUGGUUCAGUGAAUCAAAAUUAUCAGAAGGAAGGGCCAGAUUGUUCUACAAAAUCUGCAGAUAUGUCUAAUAAUCCUAUCUGCGUGGGUAAAAAUCUGGAAAGCAAUGCACAUUCCUCUGCUGUGAACUACAUUAAUUACUACAGUUUUGGUCAAACUGCCUCUCGAGUUGCAGAAGACUUGAUGCCCAAGUCAUUAGAUAAAACAGUGGACGGGCCAGCAAAAUCAGAUGAAGAAAUGAUUUCGGCUCAGAUGAAGAUUAUUCUGAAAAGUGCUCCAAAGUUACGCUGGCCAAAUAUUCAGAGUACUAAUUCAAUGGCACAGAAGGAGAAAUGUGGGUGGUGCUUCUUGUGCAGGGCUCCAAUGGAUGAUCUGGAUUGUUUGUUUACUAUGAGCUUUGGCCCUUCCAUGGAUGUAUCAGCAAGGGAAGUUGAUAAGCUUCAAUCAAAAAGGAACCAAAAUGGUCAUCUUAUGGAUGUAGUAGGACACAUCAUUUCCUUCGAAGAUCGGUUACAGGGGCUUCUGUUGGGUCCAUGGCUGAAACCAAAUUAUAGCAGUCUCUGGCGUGAAAACAUACUCAAAGCAACAGAUAUUGCAUCUGUGAAAUGUUUACUCCUGAAGUUAGAGUCAAGCAUCCAUCAACGUGCAAUUUCCACUGAAUGGUUGAAACAUGUAGAUUCUUCUGCUGUACUCGGCUCAUCUUCUCAUAUUGUGAUUGCACAACGCAUGUCAUCUAAAUCUGGGGUUGCCAGGAAGCGCAGCAGGUCUUCUGCAGAACCUGAGUCUGGUCCUUCAAAUAAAACUAGUGGAUUGUGUAUGUUUUGGUGGAGAGGUGGUAAAAUGUCACGUAAAUUAUUUAGUUGGAAAGUUUUGCCCGUCUCCCUGGCGUCCAAGGCUGCUAGGCAAGGUGGUGGCAUUAGGAUACCUGGGAUAUUGUACCCCGAGAGUUCAGAUUUUGUAAAGAGAAGCAAAGCUGUUGCUUGGCGAGCUGCUGUCGAGUCAUCUUCAAAUGCAGAACUACUUGCUUUGCAGGUCAGAGAGCUUGAUUCCAACAUCAGGUGGGACGAAAUUGAGAACUGGGAUUCAUUGUCGGCAGUAGAUAAGGAAUAUAAAAAGGCAGUCAGGCUGUUCAAGAAGGUGAUUGUGCGGAGGAAGUCUGCUGCUGAGGGAGGUGGCACGAAGUAUCUUCUUGAUUUUGGCCAAAGGAGAAGUAUCCCUGAUGUCGUUUCUAAAUAUGGGUCUAUUGUUGUUGAAGAAUCUUCCAACGAGAGGAAGAAAUAUUGGCUGAGUGAAAGCCUUGUCCCCUUGCAUUUGCUGAAAAAUUAUGAAGAGAAAAGGGUUGCACGGAAAUCUAGUAAGACGAGUUCUGGAAAACUAUCUGAGGAAAAUGCUACUCCGAAAUCAGCCUCAGAGAAAAGAGGAUUCUCUUAUCUUUUCGCAAGAGCUGAAAAAUCUGAGUUCCAUCAAUGUGGACACUGUAAAAAGGAUGUUCCAAGCAGUGAGGCUGUAUGCUGUCAAUAUUGCAAGGAUUUCUUCCAUAAAAGGCAUGUUAGAAAGUCUGGCGCUUCCAGUCGUGAAAAGUGUUCAUACACAUGCCACCGUUGCUUGAGUGGGAAGCUCUUAAAGAUUGGCAAAAAAGCAGGGAAGGGUCGCCCAAAAGUUAGGAAAAUUGUCACCGUGAGUCCCAAGGUUCAGCAGUUGAAGUCCAAGGUAUCCAUAGCUCGCAGGUCAGUCCGCCUUAGAAGGGGCAGAAAGGGCUUAAGGGGCCGGCCUCCGCUCAUAAAGAAUGACAAAAAGGCGGCUCCUGGGAUGGGCUUAAGGCCAAGGGGGCGGCCACCGCUUAUAAAGAACGAUCAAAAAGCGGCUACUCCUGGAACAGGAUUAAAAAGGCCAAGGGGGAGGCCACGUCUUAUUAAGGACGAUCAAAAGGCGGCUACUCCUCGAAAGAGCUUAAGGGGUCGGCCCCCUCGUAUGAAGGAUGAUGAUGAGAAGUCUCCCGCAGUAGUUGUUCCUUUGCGUCGCUCAGCUCGGCAGGCAACCACUUCCAAAGCACCUGCAAACAAAAAUGUCAUUGGGGAUGAAAAGGGGAAGCAACUGAAUUUGGAAAAAGUUUCCCUGAAGAAAACGGAAAAGGGUCUUCUUUGGCAGAAGAAGAGGUCGUUUACUCGUCAUAGUUACUGGCUUAAUGGUCUUCUACUGUCUGCUAGGCCAGAGGACGAACGAGUCGAACAGUUUCGGAAUUCUAGGUUUUUUUCUGCUUCUCAGGGUGGCGUACUGGAUCCUCAACCCAAAUGCUGUCUGUGCGAUGAAGCAAGUACAUCAACAUCUAAUUAUAUUUCUUGCGAGUCUUGUGAAGUAUGGUAUCACGGAGAUGCUUUUGGGCUUGAUCCCGAGAACAUUGACAUGGUCAUUGGAUUCCGUUGCCACUCGUGUCGGCAAAGGAACCCUCCUACUUGCCCAUUGGCGGGAACCACUAGGAGCAGCAGCGAUGAACCCCAAAUCUCCGGAGAUGCAGAAAAUAACGCCGACUCAAAUAGCUCAGGGGAAGUGCAUCUAGAUGGCAGCACUCAUCCUCCUUGCCCGUUGGUGGGAACCACGAGGAGCAGCGGCGACAAACCUCAAAUUUCUGGAGAUGCAGAAAAUAACGCCGACCCCAAUAGCUCAAGGGACGUGCAUCUAGAUGGCAGCACUCAUCCUCCUUGCCCAUUGGUGGGAACCACGAGGAGCAGCAGCGACAAACCUCAAAUUUCCGGAGAUGCAGAAAAUAACGCCGACGCCAAUAGCUCAAUGGAAGUGCAUCUAGAUAGCAGCACUCACCAUCCUACCGAAGCAAGUACUGAUGGUAAUCCGGAUUCUUCGCUUGCUAUGGACGACGGAUGAAAGGGAAACCCUUGAUCUCUCCGUCUGAAUCUAACUUGGGAGGUAGAGAUAGAUGUGGACUUCUGACUCGCUAACGCUGUAACGAGAACACCAUCGCGAUGCAACUUUCGGAUAUCCGACGGAGAGCAUUUGGAACCGGAUGGGUUUACUAACAAAACCAUCAAGAUGGAGUUUUGCCACCUGAGGCCCCUAGAGGCUCUUGUAUUAUUUGCCUCCUCAUUUCUUGAUAGUUCUUCUGGCAAUUUGUCUCCCCUAAAUCAGUACUACAGUUUGAUUGUAUUUUCAGGGGGAUUUGAAUUUGCAAUGGAAGUUGUAGAGUAAGGAAGGGACUAUAGUUGGCAUUGUGUCACCAUAUGAUAAAAACUCGUUUUUGUAGAUAUCACCCAAAUCCAAAUAUAGUGUUGAAUUGAAAUCCCGAGCUUUCAACUUGGCUAUGGAUGCUGCAUUUACUUGUUACAUCAACUGUUCACUGAUUGUGUGCAUUGUUAGUUAGGGUAGCUGAAGUGUUGUAAAUUCGAAGGUGUCUUUUGGGGUGAAUUGCGAUUUAAUGAAAGGUACGCACGAACAUGCUGAAAGGUGC